AUGACAGGCCCGAGCCCCGGGAUCGUCGGAGCUCCGCAGUACGCGGCCCCAAUGCCUAUCUUCACGCUGCCUCCGGAGGAGCUGAUCGUCCUAAACUACCGGACAGCCGUCAUGUGCUUCGCCUUCAUCAACCUUCUGGUCACGGUGCUGAACGUGGUCACGGCCGUCGUUUGGGAUACCAGGUGGGGCCACUGGUCGCUGAUUCUCUUGGUCUUCACUCUAGGCCCUGUCAGCGGUCUCAUCGGCGCCAAGCACCUUAACCGCGCACUGGUGACGGUUUAUCUGGCCUUCUGCAUCUUCGAGUGCAUCGUUCAAAUAGCUUUGGCUGUUUGGACAUUCUGGCUUUGGACGAUUCUCUUCGCUUUUGUGCAGGUGUGGGUAACCAAGAUAGUGGCGACCUUCUGGUACUGUUUGGGCAAGAUCCCGCUUGACCGUCGCAGUCAGCUGCUGGACCUGAAGGAUGUUGAGGUGGAAGCCUCAAAGACCCGGCUGCAAGAUCACCUCGGUGGAGAUCCGAAGAGCCCUGAGGCCGCCACAGCUCAGAAGGUUUUGCUCUACCUCCUGGAGGUAUCUUUGAAGCUGCUGCACCCCUUCAUGCCGUUCGUGACCGAGGCAGUCUGGCAGCGGCUGCCCCGUACCAAGUCGUCUCCGCGGUCUUUGAUGAUUAGCGCAUGGCCUCAGCCCGCGACCAAACGCGACAAGGAGGCCGAAGGUUGGUUUACAAAGCUCUGCGCCGUGACUUCUGCAGUGCGCAACGCCCGUGCGGAACAGGGUAUUGCCCCCAAGGAGCGCUUGCCAUUGACCUUCUGGUGCUCCGAUGCAGGAUUUCAGGAAGCCCUGCAGAGUGAGCGUUCGGCCCUCUCCUGGCUUGCAAGAGCCGAUCCCGACCAGAUCGAGGCUCGUCCAAUGGCGGAGCGACCAGCUGAGACGCCGGAAGGCUGCAUUCGAAUCGUGGCCUCCGAGGAGAUUGAGGUGGACAUGCCAGUGCCGAAGAAGGAGAUCGAUGUGGAGAAGGACCCAAGGGCCGAAUGGGACUUGGUUCCUUUCCAGGACUUGAGGGUUGGUGAUCGGCAACUAGGACACAGAGGCGAUUCUUGGUUGCAGUACAAAGGCAUGCAGCUCAUGACCUUCAAGUGGUUAUAUCGGUAUGCUGGCCCUGCCGCCCUGUGCCAAGGUGACGGUAUGCGUGUCACGAUUUGCCGCAGCACGCUUGCUCUUAGUGGUAGCAUGUUGCUGGUGCAGUGGAGAACGAGUGGGAACCUGGUGGUGUCACUGGAUGAAAAGCAGCUGUCGCAAACGCACACGGUCGGAGACCUCAAGAAGUAUUUGCACCAACUGACAGGGAUUUCGCGGUUUAGGCAAAGCCUCACCAGCAGUGAGGAUGUCACAGAGCUGCUUGACGAACAGCUGCUGCAUUCGCCAGGGGUUCUGAUGCUUUUGCAAAAGAGCUUUUGCUCUGGAGAGCCAGAAGCAGCGUACACCGACGGUGUAAGGCUGGCCAUUGAGAAGAAUCGUGUCGAGGAUGUCGUGGCUCACUUGACGCAGCCCCAAGAUCCGAAUCAUGUGAGGAACGGUGGCUGUUCGGCAUUGCACGAUGCUUGUAUUUUCAACCGUGAAGAAAUUGCCAAGUUGCUCUUGGAAGCAGACAGCGACCUAAACAUCACCACUCGGGUAGGACUCACUCCUUUGAACAUUGCAGCAGACAGGGGCCAUGAUGGAAUGGUGCAUCUACUGAUUGGUGCUUCGGCUGAUAUCGAGAGAAGCAACUCCUCCGGCGUAAGCCCUUUGAUGAGUGCUGUUCGCAAAGGCCAUCACCGAUGCGCUCAGUUCCUUGUUGAGUCUCGGGCGGAUGUGAAUACGAGCGACUCUCAGCCGACAACGCCUCUACACAUUGCUGCGGAGACGGGAAAUGCUCUGAUUGCUGAGAUGCUACUCAAAGCAGGAGCUCUUGUGAAUGCAGCUCGUUUCGAUGCUGCAAAGCCUUUGCAGCUCGCCAGCCGAAAAGGCCAAGACCAGGUCUUCGGCCCGUUGCUGAAGUUCGGGGCUGAGCUGGAUGUCGUCAUAGAGGACGGUGCAUCAUGGCGACUCUUCGUUGCGGCCAUGUCUGAUGGAGACAAUGUUGAUCUUGUUUCAAGACUGCUGGAGGCCAGGGCUGCGAUUGAUUUCAGAAGGACCAGUCCCUUGCAUCUUGCCUCAGAGAAAGGCCUCGCAGGUUCCGUCGCAUUGCUGUUGGCCGCCGCUGCAGAUGCCGACCGCCCGGACUGGCAAGGAGCCCGGCCUUUGCGCCUGGCGGCGGAGAACGGCCACAGCCAGGUGCUCCGGCUUCUCCUUGCCAGCCGAGCUGACGUCUCGACUGAGCUCCGGGAGAAGUACAGCGAAGACGUCAUGCAGCUCCUCGCUUCUGCCAAUGAUAAAGCUGUGGCCUGA